UGGACUAAUUGGUUCAUCUCAAUAUAUUUGCCGUGAUAUAUAAGACAUCCAGGACAGUGGAGAAAUCCACCUAUUCUUUUACGGUGAGGGUGCUGUGCCCGAAAGCAACCAUGGAAUGGAAAAUCCUUCCCGUCUUCUUGCUGCUGUUACUUUCUGUUUUCUUGGUUCAGCAAGUUUCAUCUCAAGAUCUAUCAAGCUGUGCAGGGAGAUGUGGGGAAGGGUAUUCUAGAGAUGCCACCUGCAACUGUGACUAUAGUUGUCAACACUACAUGGAGUGCUGCCCUGAUUUCAAGAAAGUCUGCACCACAGAGCUUUCCUGUAAAGGCCGCUGCUUCGAGUCCUUCUCCCGAGGGAGGGAAUGUGACUGUGAUGCCCACUGUGCGAAGUACGGCAAGUGCUGUCCGGAUUACGAGAGUUUCUGUGCAGAAGUGCAUAAUCCCACAUCACCACCUCCAAAGACUGCACCUCCGCCUCCAAGAGCAUCUCAAACCAUCAAAUCUACCACCAAACGUUCACCUAAAUCACCAAAAAAGAAGAAGACUAAGAAAGUUGUAGAAUCAGAGGAAAUAACGGAAGAACAUUCUGUUUCUGAAAACCAAGAGUCUUCCUCCUCCUCCUCUUCUUCUUCAACUAUUCGGAAAAUCAAGUCUUCCAAAAAUUCAGCUGCUAAUAGAGAAUUGCAGAAGAAACCUAAAGUAAAAGAUAAUAAGAAAAAAACUCCUAAAAAGGAACCUAAUGCGGAGCCCCCAGCUGUUGAUGAAACUGGAAGUGGACAAGACAGUGGUGACCCUAAGCUCACCCCAGCUCCUGACACUACCACCCAACGCAAUAAAGUAACCACAACUCCCAAGAGUACAACAGCAAAACCAACAACUCCUAAACCCAGUCUCCCAUCUAAUCCUGAUACAUCCAAGGACACACCUUCAUCAGUCAAUGAAGAGCUAACAGUUGAAACUAAAGAGUCUACUGAAACCAAUAAAGAGACUUCAGCUAAUGCAAAGGAAAAGACUUCAACCAAAGCGACCCGGAGUUCAGAGAAAACAUCUGCCAAAGAAUCUGAACCCACACCUGAAGUUCCUGCUAAACCUACACCCAAAGCUGAAACUACAACCAAAGCUUCUGCUGUGACCACUCCCAAAACACCCAAGGAAACUCCUACCACCUCCAAGGAAGUGGUACCCACUACUGAGAAGUCAGUACCCACUACCACCAAGGACCCAGCUCCCACCACCCCUAAGAAACCCGCACCUACCACCACCAAGGAACCAGCUCCCACCACCCCUAAGGAGCCAGCACCUACUACCACCAAGGAACCAGCUCCCACCACCCCUAAGGAACCAGCUCCCACCACCCCUAAGGAGCCAGCACCUACUACCACCAAGAAACCAGCUCCCACCACCCCUAAGGAGCCCUCACCUGCCACCACCAAGGAACCAACUCCCACUACCCCUAAGGAACCAGCUCCCACCACCCCUGAGGAGCCCGCACCUACCACCACCAAGGAACCAGCUCCCACCACCCCUAAGGAGCCCGUACCUACCACCACCAAGGAACCAGCUCCCAUCACCCCUAAGGAGCCCGCAUCUAGCACCACCAAGGAACCAGCUCCCACCACCCCUAAGAAGCCUGCACCCACAACUACCAAGGAACCAGCUCCCACCAGCCCCAAGGAGCCUGUACCUACUACUGCCAAGGAAUCUGCACCCACUACUCCUGAAGAGCCAUCACCCACUACAUCUAAGAAGCCAGUCCCCACUACCCCUGAGGAGCCUGCCCCAACUACUCAUAAAACACUGGCACCAACCACCACCAUGAAGCCUCCCACUACCCCAAAGAUACCUGCUGAAGCAACUCCUGAGUUUCCUUCAGAACCCACACCAGAAGCUCCUAACGAAAGUCCCAAGGAGCCUGCCUUACCGAGCACCAAGACUGCUGCAAUGACCACAGCAGCUCAAGAUAAGACAACAAAAAAUGAAAUGCAUCCUACACCCGAAAUGGAUGCACUUAAGAUCACAACAAAAGAGACAGAAACUAUAGCAGAAGGAAAGACCGAGUCCAAAACAACAAGUACCAUCAUGCAAGUAACAUCUACAACUCCAGAUACUACAUCAUUCAAAAUUAUUACCCUGAAACCCAAAGUAACUAUUACAACUGAAGAGACUAUGAACAAACCCGAAGAAACAACUGCUGGACCAAAAGACACACCUAACUCUAAAGCAACAACUCCAAAACCACAGAAGCCAACCAAAACACCCAAAAAGCCUUCUACCAAAACCCCAAAGAAAACACCCAAAAAACCUGCUUCUACUAAAAAGCCAAGCACACCUAAAGUGAAAAAACCAAAGACUACACCAACUCCCCCAAAGACAACACCAAUGUCUGAAGCAAACCCUACCUCUUUGGCAAAGUUCAUGACCAGUACUGUUCCUAAUCAAAUGCCAAAUUCAAAAAUAGUUGAAGGAAAUCCAAAUCACGAAGAUGCAGCUGGCACUGAAGGAGAAAGGCCUCACGUGAUUCUCAGGCCCCCUGUGUUAACUCCUAUCAUUAUUCCAGGAACUGAUCACUUAGGGAGACUACCCAAUCAAGGGAUCAGCAUUGACUCCAUGCUUUCAGAUGAGACCAAUUUAUGCAAUGGUAAACCAAUAGAUGGACUGACUACUUUGUACAAUGGGACAUUAGUUGCAUUUCGAGGCCAUUAUUUCUGGAUGCUAAAUCCAUUCAGCCCACCAUCUCCAGCUCGAAGAAUUACUGAAGUCUGGGGUAUUCCUUCCCCAAUCGAUACUGUUUUUACCAGAUGCAACUGUGAAGGAAAAACUUUCUUCUUUAAGGAUUCACAGUACUGGCGUUUCACCAAUGAUAAAAAAGACCCAGGGUAUCCUAAACUAAUUGUUAAAGGAUUUGGAGGAUUGUCGGGGAAAGUAGUAGCAGCUCUUUCAAUAGCUAAAUACAAGAACAGACCUGAAUCUGUGUAUUUUUUCAAGAGAGGUGGCAAUAUUCAGCAGUAUACUUAUAAACAGGAGCCUACCAGAAAGUGCACUGGAAGAAGGCCUGUUAUAAAUUAUUCAGUGUAUGGAGAAGCAGCACAGGUUAGGAGACGUCGCUUUGAACGGGCAGUCGGACCUUAUCAAAUGCACACCAUCAGAAUUCACUACUCUCCUGUCAGAGAUGCUUAUCAAGACAAAGGUUUCCUCCAUAAUGAAGUUAAAAUGAGUACAAUGUGGAGAGGAUUUCCAAAUGUGGUCACCUCAGCUAUAACACUGCCCAACAUUAGAAAGCCGGAUGGCUAUGACUACUAUGCCUUUUCAAAUGAUCAAUACUAUAACAUUGAUGUGCCUACUAGAACAGCAAGAGCAAUUACUACUCGUUCUGGACAGACUCUCUCCAAAGUCUGGUACAACUGCCCUUAGACUGAUGAACAAAGAGCCAACUAAUUAAAGCAAAGAAAAGAUACUCAAUUUUGACACUGAAAUACAUUUUAUUAAUAAAGAAUGUUGAGAUGAACAUACCAAUUUAAAUAUAAAAAUGUUUUGAACUUGAUAAUUAUUACACUAAAACAGAUCUGACAAUCUUA